AUGGCAAGGGAUGUAAUUUUGAGAUUCAUUAAGAGUGUUUUCGGCAAACCAAGUCUUAAACUCGUUCUCAAGAUGACACAUAUGAUUUGCGACUUCUCAUUUAUAAUUGCAAAGAAUGGGACACCAAUCGGUCCAAGGGCACAUUCGGAAUGGCUAUACAACGUACCGUGGGGAAUGUACAAGGCCUUGAUGUACAUUAAAGAACGUUAUGGCAACCCAACAAUGAUUCUCUCCGAAAACGGUAUGGAUGAUCCGGGCAACAUUACUCUUGCUCAAGGACUAAAUGACACAACGAGAACCAAUUAUUAUUGA